UCAUGUCGCUCACCGACAUGACGUCACUACUGUAAGGAGACAGGCCGCCUCGGCUAACGCAGAUCCCACCGCCCUCCAUUCAUUGCGCUCGAAACUCGGCGGGGUGAGAAACAAACAAAACCUCGCGUCCGUGCGUGGCACCAGCCUCGUUGGUACUGCCGGCCGGGGGCGCGAGCGUGUCUCUCGUGUCGCAACAACAGCAGCAGCCGCAGCCGCAGCUCGAGAUGGCGUCAGGAGCCACGCGGAUGCAGAAACUCUUCGAGUUCAUCAAAGUUGUCGGGCAGCUGAAGAACGUCAAACGGACUGGAUGGAUCUACAGAAGGGUGCCAGACCCAGAAAGUGUGGCUGACCACAUGUACAGGAUGGCCAUUUUGGCUUUCCUCAUUCGGGAUGAGUGUCUUAACAAAGACAAAUGCAUGAAGCUGGCUCUGGUGCAUGACAUGGCAGAGUCGAUUGUGGGGGACAUUGCACCAGCUGAUAACGUCAGCAAGGAGGAAAAGCAUCGCAGAGAAGAGGAUGCCAUGAAACACAUUUCAACCUUGGUAGAUGAAGAAAUUGGAAAGGAACUUUAUAGCUUGUGGGAGGAGUACGAAUACCAGAGGUCUGCGGAGGCCAAGCUCGUGAAGGACCUGGAUCGAUUUGAGAUGAUCUUCCAGGCGUACGAGUAUGAGCAGACUCACCAUCGUCCGGGAGAGCUCCAGGAUUUUUACAACUCCACAGAAGGGAAGUUUCAGCACCCGGAGAUGGUUGAGUGGGAUGAUGCCUUGAGAGCCUUGAGAAGCACAGGGGAGCAGCGCGGCGCGGAGGGACAAUCGGCGGCAGGAGCGACGGCCGCCCAACCGCAGUGUUCCAGGGCGGGCCUCGGAUUGCGGACAGAACCCGAGGGACAGACCGACCAGCCUAGCCCUCCGUUCCGGUCCACGCGCAACUGAGCGUGUGGCUCUUUUCACCGGUCGUUUAAGAAGCAUGCGCAACACCGCCAAGCUCGCUUCAACUCGCCGAUUCGCAGCAGCUUGCGUCAAUGCCACAUUCGCGAGCCAGCCCCGGUGAUAUUGUAAACCAAUUCGUAGCUGAUCUUUAGAGCGUGUGACAUCACAGCGGGAUUGGCUCGUGAAAUGUGUUUUGGACGGUGUUCACAUGCCUCGGGUCAACGAUCCUCACAUCUCGAUCGCUCGGAUGCCAUUCCAUUCCAGCAUUCCUCGUCUGCGAUUUACCUCAGUCGAUAUGUAUGUUGUUAGGCGUUCUACACGUUUGUGAUCAAUAGACAUUGAAAGCUGGAUUAAAGGUGGCUUCUGAAGGAAAUAAUUUGAAGAAUACACGAUCCUCAUUAAAGUUAGACAUUUAAACUUCUUUCGGUGCACAAAAUGUAUUAUUUUACAAAAAAGGCUAAAAUGUGGUACUGAACAUUAUUUUAAUUUAUUUUAUCCUAUGAUAACUAGUGGGUAUACAGUUGCUGUGUUAUUGAGGCUAGCUAAACAAUGCAAAAGUGCUUCUAUAUCUUAUUGUUUUUUUCACGACCCCCCCCCCUCUGCACACUUGGGGUUGUGCAGUUGUUGUGAAUGCCUUGAAGAAAAAAACUGCUGCUCCAUUCCAUUUUCACUGCAAUAGUGAACAAUGCAUGUCUAUUCUAGAUUUGAAGUUUUCGUGACUGCAAGGGUCCAUACUCUUUGUUUUUUUCGGUAAAGUCACGUAGGUAAAAGAGGAAAAUAAACGUCGUGAUUAAAUUUAUUUGCCUACGUGACUUUACCGAAAAAACCAAAGAGAAUUCAUGUCAACGCUAUGUGGGAGGUAUUUUAAGUUUUAUUCGUUGAACAUUUUCACAGUUUUAUUCAGAAUGAAGCAACAUUGGAAUUGUACUUCACACCUUAGAAACUUUGGUUUCAUUUUGUAGACAUAUAUACACAGCUUUAAUUGGCAACUAAGCGGUGCCACUUAAUGCCAGGUGUUUUGUGUUCUAAAAUCCCCUUACACUGUGAUGUGUGGUCGAUGGAGUUAAUGUUUAUUGCACUGAUGUACUGUGACUUUCAUUGCACUCUAUUUGCCACACUUGACUUGGUUUGCGUGGUAGUAAAACACAAGAUGUAUUCUUUUUUUUCUCUUGGCUGAAUGGAGACUUAGUGCUUCGUGUCCGGUCUGUAUUCACCGUAGGCUUUUAUCGAGCAAACUUAACAAAAACGUGUGGCCAGCAAAUGCUAAGUGUUUAAAAAAAUAAAAAAGAGCCUUGGCUUUAAGUGCUGCUGUAAUCGCUUUGGCAAAGUGCAACACGUCAGCUCUCAAUCCUGAAUAGUGUACUCCUUUUGCAGUAGAUCGUACACAGUGCUUGUAUAUAUGUAUCUAGAAUGCCAAAAGUCACUUUGUGUCAUACACAAGUUAUGCUGUCACAACAAGUUAAUGGUAAAUAAAUUGAAUUGCGGAGCUAAUAUAUGUUGUACACCGGCUAUUUACAUAUACGUUUGAAUGUGGUAAGAAUUUUAUUGAGAUUACACAAUACAUUUUUUUAAAAUGAAGAAACAUUCUAGAUCUUAAGUUUUAGUGACUGCAAUGAUCCAUAUGUUUUAGUUCUUUUGGUAAAGUCACGUAGGUAUAAAAUGAAAUAAAUAAAAAAAAUCAAAUCACGACGUUUCAGAAGCAACACAAGCUUCCAUCAAGAGAUUAUAAUCUCUUGUCACAAGCAGCUCUUUUGCCCACUACAGCAAUUUGUUUCUUGCCGUGGCUGUCCCACCUGAUGACGGAAGCUUGUGUUGCUUCCGAAACGUCGUGAUUUGAUUCAUUUUUAUUUUGUUUUGUAUUUUAUUUUAUACCUACGUGACUUUACCGAAGGAACUAAAGAGCAUCAAGAAACAUUGUUACUUUUAGCAACAGUAUUGAUUAUUCAUUUUCUGUCUGUUGUUGCUUUCAGCGGGUUUUAGUUUGUUUGUUUUACCGGUGUUGCCAUUCAAGUAACCCUGCACGAUUCGCUGCAAGAUUCAUAGUUAAUAGGUUCUUCCUGGCAGCCUGUGCCCACUGCUAUUGAAAAACAAAUAUACUUAACUGAAGUAGGUAAUCUACUUUUAAAAUAACAUAUUUAGAUAAUUGGCAGGUAGCCAGAGUACAAAACCACAGCCCGACCUGCAACAUUUUCACCUAUAUGGGGGGGGGGGGGUGAUCACGUGGGAUAGCGGAACAGCGUUCGCCACUUGCUGCAGAGGUUCACAAUUCGAAUCCAGAUGCUGCCCUGAUUAAUACUGUGGGUGUACGAACCGCAAAAAUGCGCCAUCUGGUUCACACAGUGGACGUUAAUGAUACCAUGAGGCCAUUCGCAGGACUUGGACAAUCAUGUGCAGUGGCAGUCAAAGCUUGCCAAAUUCGAAAUUAAUCCACAAAUUAUUCAAUUCGGAUUACACACAGAAAUUGUCACCCCCUACUCGCAGACGAGCGUAUUGGGCGCUAUCAGAAACAAAACCUUUUCAUCGUCUUGUUUCUUUCAGAUUCGCGUAUAAUCUGAAUUAAUUGUGUUCACGUAUAAUCCACCCACUAAUAUUUGUAGUACAGUUAUCAUUGCGUACACAGUUCUUAAAAUACUGUAUUUCUAAGACGUUACCUUCAUAUAUUUAUUGUAAAAAAACAAGUAUUUUUAAGUAAUGUGCUGAAAACUAAUCGUGUAAGAUUGAGCAUUGUUAAGAAAAUUUUAUUUUGGAAAUUGUGUGGCGCGCUUAUGUAAAGUUAAUGGGAAAGUGUAUUCAACAAUGUUUUUAAUAGCUCCGUAUUAUAUUAGGCAAAUACAUCCAUUCGUACGCCAAUCGUGACCAAACAACGGAGCAAUAAGUAAAUUGUGGUGUUUGGACAUUAAUCCACAAACUAUUAAAAGUAUGAAGGUCUACAUUCCUUGUUGCUAAAAUUACAUGUUCUUACUCUUUGCAUUAAAACCACUACUUACACGACCAUACUCGGUGAUAUAAUUACACAUUCUUAAAUAAACCUUGCAUAUAAAAAAUAUUAGAAGUAAAACGUUAGGUAUCAAAUUGUUAAUUAAACAGUGCACAUUGUGUUCAUGAAACGUAUGAUAUGGCAGAGUAAGUUAACGGUGUAGUUUAACAUUUCUGCGCAGUGUAUAACUUACAUUGCUGCCAUGCAUGCGUUUGUAUUUUCUGUUUAAAAGUUUAGUAAAAAAAAUAAUCCCAAAAUCUUUUCAUCUUUUUAAUUUGUGUUUAAUGUGGAAGAACUGUUUUUGUUGUGUAAAAAUUGAAUUGGAAGCAUCGGUGUGUUGCCGCUGCUGAAGGGGGUGCGAGUUUCUUCAUUAUUUCUUGUUGCAGCAAAACAAUGAAUGGGCACCUGUACCUCUCCGUACGUUGGCUUCGUGGAGUUAUUGGGUCGGCAUAAACACCACGUCUUUUUGGAGCCUAUUUGAUAUACUACACGAUAAACCUGGGCAUGCUUUACAGUAAAUUCCUAUUCACCUGUUCGACCUUAUAAUUAAUUGGGGUAUUUUCGUAACGAGAGGUCUGAUUAAGACCGAGGAGGAGGGGAUGAGGUGAAUUUGGGACGGCGUUUCAUGCAUGAAAAUGUACCACAAACUCUCACCCCGCGUGAUCUUUUAACGCCAAACAUUUCCCAGGUGUUGGCAAAAGCUGCUUGUGAAUCGGCCUCAUUGUAUAAGUUGGGGGUCUGCCUUGUGUUUCCUUUGCUGCUCAUGGGCCCUGCCAGGGGACAGCAGUUUAACGUUAAUUCCCUCAUCCCUUGUAUGUCAAUGUGGGGCUCCGUUUGACAAACGACCACUCAAGUCCCGCACACGAAUAGUGCAGCUUUGAUAGGGGUGAUCUGUUAUGGGUCAGUAUUGGUUACGCGACUGACUUGUAAACAUCUCCGGCUGUAACUUGAUAAUCUCGCAACUAACUCUGUACAAAGUGUUGGAGAAGUGUGUGGCAUUGAGCUACUAUAAGUUGUACUUAGAGGCGAUGUGCAUAAGGUUUAAAACAUCGAAUUGUGUGUGGGCUUCAAUUUAGUGAAGUUAAAGCGCUCGUUUUAAGCAGUCGUGGCGUUUGCACAUUUUAAACACGUUUGCAGUAGUUGGGAUGCGCAGUUCGUUCACAGUGAUGUGAUUAGUCACAGUGUGAGAACAUGUUUAGCUUUAGUUCAUGCAGUGGCAACGUAGAAAAUCAACUCAUCUGUGAAUGGCGAUAUAUUUUUAGUUUUUCCAACAUUUUAACUUGGCAGGGAAAGAGCAGGUAUUAGCAUUCAGGCCUGACUUGACCUCUUGCUGCUACUGUCAGCCAAGCCAGGUAAUCAACACCUCCGAUUAGCAUGGUUGGCUUCGUACGGUGCGAAAGAAGUUCAAUGCACAGUUCGUACAAUAGAGAAUAAGCAAAUGUAAAACCUUGUUCUGAUUAUAGUUGACAAUUGGGACUGCAUGAACUGCCGAAGUUACUUCUAAGUGAAAAUAUAGGUUUUAAAAAAUGUCCUGUAUUUGAUUUUCAACAUUUAAAUAAUUAACUCCUUUUGCUUACAAUUCUCUGCUGAUUUGCAUGCAAUUUGCAUGUGAUUCACUCUUGGAAGGUUUGCCCCGGGUGUGUGCCCUUGAAUAAACAGCGUUGGUUAAUGGAUUAUAUGGUAAUCAGCCGAAUAACCACUGGGUAGUGCAAAAGAGCAUGCAUUGCUUUGGCUAAAACGUUAGUGAUGUUGGGUAUUGCAUCGAUCUUGUGCAGACCGGGAAAAGGCUAUUUUGUGGUAUAAUUGUAUCACUUGGAUCCCCUUAUGAUUAUUAACAAGGUGCCUUUGUAUUGAUUUCUUUAGAAAAGGUACAACUGCUUAACCGCACAAGCAUGUUCUCCUCUUAAGUAAAGACUUUGCUGAAGUGUGUGUUGCACGCACACGUCGCUCAAUGAUGCAUCUUAAAAAGACAAAUAACUUUUAAGAUUUUGUAACAGUGGUUGUGCGAAUAUAUGUGGUUGGGUUUCUCAUGUUGUAAAAGCUUGCGAAUAAACAUGCAUGGUUGUAUUGUC